UGCCCUAUCCUAGGUAGUCGGAUAUCCGUGUCUUCAGGGCUUUCGAGGUGGUCACCCACAUAUAUUUUGACGUAAAACCUGAAAGCACAAUUCAGACGAAAACGGAUAGCCCGGAUGUUCAGUAACAGUGAGGGUGUGGGAUCUAAUAUUAACGAUAACGAUAUUUUCUACGCAGAUAGUACAAAGAAAAUUCACUAUUUCGCUGCGGAUCCGCCUUCGGGACCCUUUAUCAUAUUCCUCCACGGCUGGCCAGCUAUCGGUCUGACAUGGAAACAGCAGUUGGAGACUUUCGCAGCACUUGGCUUUCGCGCCAUUGCCGCCGAUAUGCCUGGGUGGGGAGAUUCAACUAGUCGCCGGGUCGUUACAGCUUACUCCCAAGAGGCUCUUGUUCAGGGCAUGCUAGCUCUCCUUGCCGCAAAUGAACGUUCUGUGUCGUCUGGGUCGGGCCCGACUGGGGUGCCGCGGUUGCGUCUUCGUUGGCGGUACAUAUAACAAGGGUAGAAUUACUGGGCUUGGAAUCUAAGCAAUUCAGAAUAUAAUGAACAACUAGGGCUGCAUAAGUCCUUGACCAACCAACUUCUCUCGGCUGUUGGUGGCUUGACUUGACUCUAUAUACAAUUGGUCUGCCAGCCCAGACCGCCUAGGUCUCUGGGGUGUGUUUCAAGAAGCGAAAUCUGUAUAACCUCACUUUCCAAUAUUGCCCAAUAUUGUCUGCAUGUCUUGAAAGAUCAUGAAC